GCACGACUUACAGCUUAUAGACUACUAGAAGCUUCAUUCCUAGAAAAAUACGUGCUCAAACCUCGUUUUAUGCCAGACUGAAACUGCAUUAUCUCAUAGUGAAGAUUCAACAUAAAUAAAAAUGGACGCAAAUGAAAAGGUAACGUCGACUGAAAAUAUUUAUAAAGUAGAAAAAGAAAAGAAUGGUGGCGAUUUUGAUGAUUUUACAAAAGAGAAGACAAAUAAAAUGCAACCAUCGCCUUGUAUUACGGACGAAGAGAGUUGUGGAUUGGAAAUAUGUUUCGGAAAAUGCAAAUCAAAGAGGGUUGCACUUCGGUUUUUAAACUGCUGUAACAAUGCUAAAGGAAUUCUUGCUUUUCUAUGCUUUGCUAUAUUUCUUCAAGGCAUGGCUGUUAACGGUAUUGUCAACAUUGUCAUCAGCACGCUGGAAAAAAGGUUUCAUCUCAAAAGUUCCGAGACCGGAUUCAUCGCCGGUUGUUAUGAUCUUGGAUUCCUCAUCGCAGUGUCCGUGGUGACUUUUAUUGGAGGGCGGGGCCACAAACCCUUGUGGAUUGGAUGGGGUGUGUUCAUCAUGGGUUUGGGCUCGCUCACAUUCUCGUUGCCACAUUUUAUUGCCCCAAAAUACUCAAUCAACGAGGCUCAAUCGUACAUUUGUGGAGAUAAUGCUUCUAAUACCGAAUGCGGAGAGUCGUAUAUGAGAGUUUACAGGGGAUUCUUUAUUCUCGGCAAUAUAUUACACGGUAUCGGGGCUUCUGGAUUGUUUACACUUGGAGUCACUUAUCUUGAUGCAAAUGUGAAAGAAACAUCUUCCUCUACUUAUCACGGUAUACUUUUUGCUUUUUCUGUCGCUGGACCAGGUAUUGGAUAUUUAUUGGGAGGAUUUUUUAUUCGUUUUUAUGUCAAUAUUGAUGAAAAAGUUGACAUUACUGAAGACAGUUCGUUAUGGAUGGGAAACUGGUGGCUGGGUUUUAUAUUCACUGGAGGCCUGGCGAUAUUAAUAUCAUUACCAAUAUUAUUAUAUCCAAAACAACUUCCUGGUACAUCAAAGUAUCGCCUAGAUCGCGAACAGGAAAUGAACCAGAAUUCCGAUGCGAUUCAGGCUAAGAAAGAUGCGAAUUUUGGGAAAAGUGCCAAAGACAUUCCUCGUUGUUUGAAGGUUGUAUUGAAGAAUAUUACUUUGGUUUUCUUAUCUGUUGCCGGGGCGAUGGACUCAGGACUCGUAAUUGCACUUGCAACAUUUGGCCCAAAAUACACAGAAGCAAUGUUUCGGUUGCCAGCAUCAAAAGCAGCUUUAUAUUUUGGCAUCUUGUCGAUUGUGUCUGCCUGUUCGGCACAUCUUAUUGGAGGUUGCGUCAUAUCAAAAAUGAAGUUGAAAGUACCUACUAUGUUGAAGUUUUGUAUUGUAUGUUCAACACUAGCCUUUGGAUGUUUAUUCAUAUUUUUACUUCAGUGUGAAAAUCCAAUGGUACCAGGCGUCAACGUUCCACACAAUUUAGAAGAUACGUAUUCAUGUUCUGGAUCAUGUGGAUGCAGUGUUAAGUUAUAUGAUCCAGUUUGUGGAGCAGAUGGUCUCACUUAUCUCUCAUUCUGCGAUGCUGGAUGCAUAAGAACUGAUGACGGGGAAUACAUUAACUGUACCCAAAUCUUCAAAUCUGAUAUAAUACCUUCAUUAAACGCUUCUACUGCAACAAAUGGAAAAUGUGAUGUAAAUACUUGCCCAGAUGUUGGAAUAAUGUUAGCUUUUGGAGCACUAGCGGUUUUCUUCACUUUUCUCAAAUUCCAACCUGCGUUACAGGCAUCGCUUCGAACAGUUCCCUUUGAGCAGAGAUCAUUCGCAAUUGGAAUUCAGUGGGUUAUCAUGCGAGUAUUAGGUUUGAUUCCUCUUCCGAUCAUACUUGGCCUUGUUCUCGAUUCAUCGUGCCUAGUAUGGGAAGAAGUAUGUGGAGAAUGCGGAUCAUGUAAAUUAUACGACAAUGCCUCCAUGACUAAAUAUAUGACGAUUUUAUUCACAGUACCUAAGGCCCUCAGCGUUUUUUGUAUUCUUCUUGCUUUGAUUACGUAUAAACCACCUCUGAUGAGUGACAGUGCAUCUGAUCUUCAAAUGGAUACGACAACUUCCGAAGUUCAAAGUAAUACAAACGGAAAUAAUCAUCGUAAUGAGUUACCCUCGAACACAGCAUCUUACGACAACGAAGCGUUUGCCAAGGCCUAAAGUGUGACACAUUGAAGGCCAGUUUUGUUGAUUCUUCAAAUUCAAAAUACAGCUUCCGUUAUCUUACAAAAAGACACACAACAUUUAAAAUCUUCACAUUGUGACUAAGCUUUUCACAUAAAACAAGAGAGCAAUGCACGAAUCUAUGGACAUAGGACCUAAUAACUAAUUGGAAGCAGUACCGGUAGCCUAUGCAAUUUAUGCGGUAAUGAGGCUGAGCUGAGUUCUUGAAAUCAAAGACAGCUGUGACGUAGGCGGACACGGUUGGCGGAAUAAACAGUGUUCACGUGAGUUAGAAUAUGGAAUCUCCUAAGACUCACAGGAAACUUAAAAAUAAAAAUAAACAAUGGUAACGGCGUCCUGAAUGAAUAUUGAAAACUUGAAAUUGCGACCUGAUACAUACGACUCACAAAGCUACCACAGAUUUAACAUUUCUCGAACACCUUUACCAAUACCUCAAUUUUGAGACAGUCACAAAAGUAUCGGAAAUAUGUUGUUGAUAAUAUCAUGUAUUUGUAAAGGGUUACUUUGUAUAUAUUCGAACUCGAUACAGUGAAUUAAAUCUUUUUGAUACGAUGGUUUUUCGUUCAUUUCGCUCCGAAUAAAUAGCCACAGAUUUGCAAAGAGCAACUGUUUUGAAAUGUCUCAAAUCUUUCCGGUUAGGAAAUUACAUUAAAAUGCUUUUGUAGACAGCAGAAAUACUUAAACAGAAGUUAAUAUCUCGUGUAUUAUGAAAAUUUGUUUGAUUUUUUUUUCGACG